AGGUGAACCUGUCUCCCUGCCACCAGUCACUUGGUGCUCAAGUCAUCCCGUCUUGGUGUGCCUGUCUCAUUCUCCACAGUUGCCUGUCACAGGUGUACCUGUCUCUCUCUCAAUAGACCAGCUCCUCCUGGCGAACCGCACCGACCCACGCGAUCGUCGUCAGAGCAACGUGUUGAGGCACAGCUGCUGUGUUUGUGAUUCAGUCUGUCAAUAAAGUUUGUUGAUACUCGAGUCCUGGUUGUGUCUCACGUUUUCAAUUUAAGUGGCGCUUCUCAAAUUUGGUGCAAUGCUGCUCCAGACCAGGAGGUGGCGACAUUGGACCAGCCGCCUCAGAAUUAACCGAGAAGAAGAGGCAACAAUCAUGGCGCCGUCUAGACGCAAACAUGCGGAUUCUUGUGUUAUUCCUGGUGGAUUUACAGUUUUAUCGCUCAAGUUCGACUGUGACAGCGUCGCUCAACAUAAACUCUUCGUUAAAGAGCACAAAGUUCGUGCAGAGAAGACUUCGCAGAGACCGUUGGACCGAACUUUAUUUGUCCUUAACAUUCCUCCGUACUGCCCCAAGCAUGUCAUCAACGAAUUGUUCGCACAGUUCGGUUGCGUUCAGUCAGUGGAGCUAAUGGAUCACCCGGGGUCACGACCUCUGCUGGACGCUAAACUCAGCAAAUUCUUCAAACCAGCCCAGAAACAGGGUUUUAAAGUCGGAUACAUCGUGUUUGAAAAGCCAUCGAGUGUCUCUGCAGCCAAGUCACACCCACACAGUGUUCCUCUGCUGGUCAGCACGGAGGAGCGGCCCAUCAGAACCGGACUAGAGAAGUGGAUCCAUCAGUACAACAGUGGCUUUGUUCAGCCAGACAAGCUGCAGGAGGUGGUGGACUCCUACAUGAGAGAUUACGACCAGAAGAAAGAGGAGGAGGAACAGCAGAAGAAGAAGGAGGAAGAGCAGCAACAGGAGGAUGAGGAUGGCUGGGUGAAGGUGACACGAGGUCCCCGGGGUGCAAAGGCCCGCCCCCACAGUGAGGCAGCCAAUAAAAGAACUCUGCAGAAAGAGAUCAGGAAGAAGAAAAGGAAGGAGCUGAUGAACUUCUACAGCUGGCAGCACAAGAACACGCAGAAAGAACACAUCGCUGAGCUGAGGAAGAAGUUUGAGGAAGACAAACAGAGGAUUGCUCUGCUGAGAGCUCAGAGGAAGUUUAAACCCUAUUAAAAGUGUCACAUUUUCCUGUCAUCAUGCUGCUCACCUGAACAAUUAAAGAAAACGAGUCCAGUUCUUAA